AUGAGUUGGAGGUCCCGUCGCCUGCUGCAAGAGCUGGCGAAUGUUCUGGUGAGCAGUAGCAGAGGGAUGAGGAAAUAUCCGUUUCCAGUGACGUUUGAAAAUGUUAGCUUUCCACCUGAUGGCUCUAUGAAACUUCCAAAAAUGCCUCCUGAACCUUUUUACGAUCCUGAGAAAGGAGAGAAAAAAUACAAAACGACGAAGCGGAUGAUAGAAGCUCGCGGUGUGGAGGAGGUACAUAAAGAGCUCGUACAUCAACAAUACGGUCUUGCUGCUAUUUCUGGUGGUUUUAUCUCGGCUGAAGAUUUUAAGUUUAUCCAGGAGAGGGUCAACAAAAAUUUACUGGAUAAACAGUUUGCUAUUUGGCGGGUGGAUCCUCCGUGGUUACCAAGGACCAAGAAAGCUCAAGGUACGCGCCUUGGUGGUGGAAAGGGAAGUAUACAACAUUACGUAACACCAGUGAAAGCAAAGCGAAUUAUCCUCGAAGUCGGAGGUCACAUCACGGAAAUAGAGGCAAAAUCAUUCCUGCUCUAUCUUUGCGAGAGGUUCUCAUUCCCUGUCGAAUUUGUGAGUGAGAAGAUUCUUGCCGAAAGGAGGGCCGCGGAAGAAGAAAUUGCUCAGCACAAUCAAAAUCCUUUCAACUGGGAACGGGUCAUAAAGUAUAAUAUGCAGAACUGCACUAGCUGGCUUUCACGUUACGAUAUAGAGUGGAAAGGACGGUAUCGAUAG